UAGAUUGAACAGAUCUAUGGUGAUGUCUUUGAUCGAAACGUAUUCUGCAGAAGAGGUUAGCAAUCUGCGCUAACCGUAAUGGCCGUUUAGAACACGUUGGGUGACGUGUCGCAUAUCUUUCUGCUUCACGAGAUCACACUUGAGAAAAUAUGAUUGCGUUUAAGCGCGACAAGAAAGAGGAGGAAGAUGGCGGUGGGAACCCUUUCCAAAACCUCGAGAAGACAACAGUUUUGCAAGAAGCGCGAACAUUUAACAACACACCUGUAAACCCGCGAAAAUGUGCACAUAUCCUCACCAAGAUCCUGUACCUGCUCAAUCAAGGCGAACAAUUGGGCACUACAGAAGCUACAGAGGCCUUCUUUGCUAUGACCAAAUUAUUUCAGUCCCGCGAUGUUAUCCUGAGACGACUGGUUUAUCUAGGCAUCAAAGAACUGAGUUCUUUGGCCGAGGAUGUAAUCAUAGUAACCUCUAGUCUCACCAAGGAUAUGACAGGGAAAGAAGAUUUGUAUCGGGCCGCAGCUAUCAGAGCACUUUGCACCAUCACUGACAGUAGCAUGUUAGCAGCUAUUGAACGAUACAUGAAACAGGCCAUAGUCGAUCGUUCACCAGCUGUGUCCAGUGCUGCACUGGUCUCUUCUUUGCACUUGACCAGUGUAUCUGGUGAUGUCGCAAGGAGAUGGGCAAAUGAGGCACAGGAAGCAUUGAAUUCCAACAAUGUAAUGGUUCAGUAUCACGCACUAGGUGUCCUGUAUCAGGCGCGGAAGGCAGAUAAGCACGCGGUGAUUAAGCUGGUUGCCAAACUCAUGAAGACAAGCCCAAAGAGUCCAUAUGCAGCCUGUAUGUUGAUUAGAAUGGCAUACAAACUGCUGGACGAGGUGGACGAGGGCGAGGAAUUGAUAGGAUUCAUCGAAUCAUGCCUACGUCACAAAUCUGAGAUGGUGGUGUACGAAGCGGCACACGCUCUGGUCAAUCUUGGACGAAGCGGCGCUCGAGAGAUUGGACCUGCGAUCAGUGUGCUGCAGCUGUUCUGCGGGUCACCGAAACCGGCGCUCCGAUUCGCCGCUGUCAGAACUCUGAACAAGGUGGCGAUGUCGCACCCAGCUGCAGUCACAGCCUGCAAUCUGGACCUGGAAAAUCUUAUUACUGACUCGAACAGAUCGAUCGCCACUUUGGCGAUCACUACUCUGUUGAAAACCGGGGCGGAAAGUUCAGUGGAUCGCCUGAUGAAGCAGAUCGCUACCUUUGUGUCAGAGAUCUCGGAUGAAUUCAAAGUAGUAGUUGUACAAGCUAUCAGAGCUCUAUGCCAAAAGUUCCCGCGUAAACACUCUGUACUGAUGAACUUCCUCUCCGCCAUGCUGAGGGACGAAGGGGGACUUGAGUAUAAAGCGGCGAUCGCGGACACCAUCAUCGCCGUGAUGGAGGGGAAUGCGGAGGCGAAGGAAGCUGGUCUUGCGCAUCUCUGCGAGUUUAUCGAGGACUGCGAACAUAUCUCCCUAGCGGUUCGCAUUUUACACCUGCUUGGUCAAGAAGGUCCGACAUCGAAGCAUCCGUCGAGGUACAUCCGCUUCAUUUACAACCGCGUGAUUCUCGAGAGCGCCAGCGUGCGCGCCGCAGCCGUCACUGCUUUGGCGCGUUUUGCCGCCGCUUGUCCGCUUUUACUGCCGAACGUGUUGGUGCUGUUGUCGCGUUGUCAGCUGGACUCGGACGAUGAGGUUCGCGAUCGAGCAGCUUACUACUGCACGAUUCUGCAGCAGCGAAGCGAUCCGACCAUAUUGCCUCUGGUACAACCACCCUCGUUGUCCGUGCCGUCUUUAGAAAGAGCCUUGCGGAAUUAUAUGCAGACACCUAUGGAGGAAUCGUUCGACAUUUCUCAGAUACCACCGGCUCAGACAGUGGAGGAGCCGGCUCAAGUGGAAGUACACACCACUAUUAAGCAGCCACGUUUGACUAGGGAAGAAAGUUUCAUGGAGAAAUUGUCGCAGAUCCCGCAUCUGGCCGCGAUCAUUCGUGAUUCGUCGCUGCUCAAAUCCUCACCGGUGUUCGAACUGACCGAAUCCGAGACGGAGUAUAACGUUAAAUGUAUCAAGCACACAUUCCCCGAGUAUCUUAUUUUGCAGUUUGAUUGCGUCAACACUUUGUCCGAUCAGCUUCUCGAAGACGUGGUGGUAGCUGUUGAACCGUCUGAAGGAUACUCGGUCAUAUGCGUGGUGUCGUGUCCGCGAUUACCUUACAAUGAGCCGGGCACUACUUACACGGUAUUAAAGUACCCGGAAGAUGUGCAUGCGAGUGUUGUUACCAUUCCCACGACUCUCAGAUUCAUGGCAAGGGAUUGCGAUCCAACGACGGGUAUACCAGAUGCGGAUCAAGGAUACCACGACGAAUAUAUGUUAGAAGAUUUAGAAGUAACUUUAGCCGACCAAGUACGCGGCGUUGGUAACAGAGGUUUGGAUUUCAAUACUGCUUGGGAGACGUACGCCGCGAAGGGAUUCGCUAAAUUAGAAGAAACGUUCGCUUUGGGAGCUUCGGUGACCUCUUUAGAAGGAGCGAUACAAAGUCUCACGGGAUUUCUUGGAUUGGAAGCUGUGGAACGCAGUAACAAAGUACAAAGUGGCUCGACCGCACACAAUCUGCUCUUGAGCGGUGUCUUCCGAGGGGGGAAAGAAGUAUUGGCACGCGCACGAUUGGCAUUGAACGGGACGCUAGUUACAAUGCAAUUGUCCGUUCUAUGUCCAGAUCCAGAUGUCGCCGAUUUGAUAGUUUCGUCCGUAGGAUAGAUUACAGUAGCAUCAUUUUCAUAUUAUAAAAGUAUGUUUAGAAUAUAUAUUAAUCAUUGUAAAAUAAUUUUUAUAAUAUAAUUAUUACACGAAAAUUAUCAGAGAGAAUAUAGUUAGUUAUAUUCCUCUGUUUUUCCAUAAUUAAUAUAUCACGUGAUUUUUCUUUAAGAUAGAUGAUUAAUGAAAAACCUUUUGAUAUACAUGAAGUAACCUAACACUUGUGAUUGGGUGCUGAAUUAAGGGCAAGGUAACUCUAUCAAGUUCGCACGAUAUAAUUCUGCUUGUAAGUUUUUUAAAUAAUUUUUAGUAAAUUGUUUCAUUUUCUUUAACAUUUGUUUUCCGGUAGAUUUAAAAUGUUUACUAAGUACUAAAAUGGAAGGAAAAUGACAAUGAUAUCAAAUUUUCACACAUUCACAUAUACAUAUAUCUAUAUAUUUCUUAUCUAUAUAUAUUUCUUACUACCAUUAUAAAUUUGUUCGUGCAUUGAGAAUUAUAAAAGUGUUAAAUAGUGUAUAAAUAUAUUAUUAUCAGGUAUUUACAGAGUAUUUUAAUGCACGAUGCGACUGCGCUGCGCUGUACUGUCAAUGUCAUCUGAUUAUUUACAACCCUGUAGUGGUUCAGUUAUAAAAGAAUAAUCUCACACUAUACGUGAAAAUUCCUCGAGCAUAUGGACAUUUUCUUUCGGUCAUUCGUUAAACAUUAUGCCGAACCGAAUAAUAUUGUGUCGUAUUCAGGUGAAUUAUUGUAGUAAUAGAUCAUCGUUUAGCUGCAUAGCAAUCACAACAGAUGGCAAAUGCUUAUAAAAAUCUAGUACUACCGUUACAUCAGUUCUUUGUACAUUUCACGUAAUCGAUCAGUUGUACAUUUGAUCUACUGCCUCAUGCCUGACUGUUAAUAUUUGCUGACCUUGCUGUUCCGUUCGGAUAUUCAGUCAAUGUUUAUUUUCAGAACGUAAUAAUUAAUUUCGAUUGAUCUCUUUUCUCACCUGAAGAAAAGUAAUGCUAUGUUAUUUUGUUAACUUUUCAUAUCCAAACAGAUACACGACACAAAAAGGACAUUUCAUUAAAAUCACGUUACAAUAUGUAUACAUGUUUACUUGAAUUCGAAUGCACUAAUAUGUAUACGAAGAGUGAACGGAACGGCAGAGUUAAAGCUAUAAUAUUAUUUCGCUUUAGAUGCAUUGCACGAGUUAAAUAAAUUCAAUUGGACUAGUUGUUUGCGCGAUUGACAUUAUUAAAAAACGAAGUAAAAACAGUAGCUACCUGCGAAGAUUGCUGUAAGCUUAUCACUCUCCGAAAUAUUAUGUUAAAUAUUAAGCAUUAGCGUAUGUUUGUAAUUUCCUUUCGUUAGUGAGAAUGGUACUUCACAAGAUAUGUCCACUAAUGUGUAAAUCGCAUAGUUCUGAAACGUCUAAUCAAUAUUAACAUAUUGACCCGUGA